AUGUUAAACAAAUUCUUAAAUCAUCGAUUAGAAAAAAUAAUUAUUUAUACAAAUCGUUUGUUAAGUAAUCGAUUGAAUUUUAAUUUUGGAUAUGAAAUGAAAUUGUUAAAUGAUAAAAAAGAAUAUAAAAAAGCACUUGAAUUAUUUGAUGAAUUUAAAGAUAAAAUGAAUGAAAAAUUUUCAAGUAUGAUUAUAACUCAAGCAUUAAAAGCAUCUACUCAAAUAAAUGAUUUUCAAUAUGGUUUGAAUAUUCAUCGUAUGAUAUCAUCUCGUUUAAUAAAUGAUGAUUAUAUUUUAGCAUCGUUGAUUCAUUUUUAUAGCUAUAUAAAAAAUAAUGAACCAAAUAAAGCGAUUGAUAUUUUCAAUAAAAUUAAAAAUCCUGAUCAAGUUGUUGUAAUUGUUUUAUUUAAUGCUUGUGCUCAAUUACAAAAUGAUAAAGCAUUAAAUGUAAUAAAAAAAGUUUUUCAAGAAAUUCCAAGAGAUUUUCAUUUAAAUCCACGUAUUCUUACAUCAUUAUUUGAUGCAUUAAUUAAGUGUAAUGAUUGUUCAAGUGCAGAAAUAAUUUUUUCAAAAAUGAAAAAGAAAACCACUGAAAGUUAUGGAAAUGUAAUGAGUGGAUUUAAUAAAGAAAAUAAUCCUGAAAAAACAUAUUAUUUAUUUAAUCAAAUGAAAAUCGAUGGAAUUGAAAGAAAUUUUGUUAUUUUUCUUUGUGUAAUUAAAGCAUUAUCUCAAAUUGGUGAUUAUUCAAGAUGUCAAUUGGUUAUUGAACAAAUACCAAAAAGUUUUAUUAACAAUAAUCAAAUUCAAAAUGCAUUAGUCGAUAUGUGGGGUAAAACUGGUUAUGUUGAUCAAGCAGAGAAAAUUUUUAAAAAAAUCUCUCAACCAGAUCAUAUUGGAUAUACAGCAAUGAUUAAUUCAUAUGGUUUGAAUGGUAUAGGCACAGAAGCUAUUAAAAUUUAUCGUCAUAUGCCUAUUGAAAUAAUUGAUGAAGUAGUAAAUAUCUGUGUUUUAAAUGCAUGCUCACAUUCAGGACUUGUUGACGACGCUCGUAUUGUAUUCAACAAUAUUCAAAAUAAAACAGAAAAAAUAUAUACAACUAUGAUCGAUUGUCUAAGUCGUGGAGCUUUUUUUCAAGAAGCAGAACAAUUAAUUGAUGAAUUCGAACGUAAUCAUCUACCUAUAUGGCCUAUGCAUAUGGCAUUAUUAUCAGGUGCUCGAAAUGUUAGUAAUGCUUAUUUAUCACAAAAAGUUUAUGAUCGUAUAAAGAAACUUUUCCCUGAAUCGACUAAUCCAUUAAUAUCAGCAGCGAUUCUUCUUGCUAAUACCUAUGCAUCAUCGGGUGAUGUUGACAAAGCAUCAGAUAUUAGAAUUCAAUUAUAUAAAUCAAGUGCAAAGAGAAAAAUUGGUAUCUCAUGGACUGUAGUCAAUGAAAAAUAUUACGAAUUUCGAGCUCACGAUCAAUCUCAUCCUCGAUCACGUGAAAUUUAUGCUGAACUUGAGAAAAUGUCAAAAGAACUUAUUGCACAUGGUCAUCAAUUUGAUUCAAGUUGGAUAACACGACCUAUAAAUGACAACGAAACAAUUGUAUCUGUUCUUUGUGGUCAUAGUGAAAAACUUGCAAUAGCAUGGAAUUUUGUUGAAAACCCUAAUACGUCACGAAUUCAAGUAGCAAAAAAUCUUCGUGUUUGUGGUGAUUGUCAUCGAGCAACAAAAUUAAUAGCUGCUAUUCGACAAUGUGAAAUAAUUGUUCGUGAUGCAAAUCGAAUACAUCAUUUUUAUAAGAGUGGAAAAUGUUCAUGCAAUGAUUAUUUCUAG